CCUCAACCUCUUGAUGCCUCAACAGCUCCUUCAGAUUACCUAUGGACCAUUCCAUCCCAUCCUGAGCAAUCGUGAACAAUUUCCCUCUCUGUAUCAGAUGGCUGCCAAGGACACAUCUUUAGCCCUGGCCAUGAUCUCUUUGAUAUUUUACUUCAACUGGAACUGGAUUGGCCUGGCUAUCUCAGACAAUGAUCAGGGUACUCAAUUUCUCACACGCUUGAGAGGAGAGAUGGAAAAACUUACAGUCUGCUUUGCCUUUGUGAGUAUGAUUCCAGUCAAGAUGGAUUUAUUCUUGUCAAGAGGAGUGUAUUAUAACCAAAUAGUGACAUCAUCCACAAAUGUAGUUAUCAUUUAUGGUGACCCAGAAAGUGCUCUAGCUGUGGGCUUUAGAAGGUGGGAAUCUCUAGGUUUACAGAUAAUAUGGGUCACCUCUUGGGAUGGCACUACAAGAAAGAAUGACUUUCCAUUUAAUAUAUUCAAUGGAAAAAUUACUUUUGCAUACCACCAUGCUGAGAUAUCUAGUUUUAAAACUUUUGUCCAGACAUUGAACCCUCUCAAAUACACAGAUGAAUUCCUGGCCAGGCUGGAAUGGAUGAACUUGAAAUGCAAUGUCUCAGCUUCUAUGUGUAGGACCCUGCAGAAUUGCUUAUCCAAUGCCUCAUUGCAAUGGUUAAAGGUACAGACUUUUGACAUGGCCUUUAGUGAUGAGAGUUAUGACAUAUAUAAUGUAGUGUAUGCUGUGGCCCAUGCCCUCCAUGAAAGGCUUCUUCAGCAUGUAUACAAUCAACCAAUGGAUAAUGGCAAAGGACAUUUUGCUUACUGCUUGAAGCUGCACUCCUUUCUAAGGAAAAUACGCUUCACUAAUCCAGUUGGAGACAGAGUGAUUAUGAACCAGAAAGAAAAACUUCAAGAAGAAUAUGGCAUUUUUCAGAUUUGGAAUUUACCAUAUGACCUUGGACUUAAGGUGAAAAUAGGAGAGUUUAGCUCAUAUUUUCCAUAUGGGCAACAGCUGCAUAUAUAUGAAGACAUGAUAGAACAUGCAAUAGGAAGUAGACAGGGUUUUGCCAGCCUAAGAAUGGAAAGCAUGACUCUCGCAAGUCUUGCCCCUAUUCCCAUUCCCUUUGCCUUGCUUAGAACAUUAUAUUUGAAUAAUAGUUUAAACAGUGAUACAGAUGUGGAUAACUGUGUGAGGUGUCCAGAGGAUGAGUAUGCUAACAGAGAGCAGAACCAGUGUAUUAAAAAAGCUGUGGUCUUUCUGAACUACAUAGACACCUUAGGGAUGGUUCUGACCUUAAUGGCCUUGUUCUUCUCUGCAUUCACAGCUGUGGUUAUUGGGAUAUUUGUGAAGCAUCACAACACUCCCAUUGUGAAGGCCAACAACCAGAAUCUCAGCUACAUCUUGCUAAUUUCACUCAUCCUUUGUUUCCUGUGUCCCUUGCUUUACAUUGGGCAUCCCAACUCAGCUACCUGUGUUCUACAACAAAUCACAUUUGGAGUUGUAUUCUCUGUGGCUCUUUCCACUGUGUUGGCCAAAACAGUGACUGUGUUGCUCGCUUUAAAAGUAACAACCCCUGGAAGAAGGAUGUAUUUUCUAAUUUGGUGCCCCAACUAUAUCAUUGUCAUCUGUAAGCUCAUACAAAUUAUUCUCCGUACAAUCUGGCUGCAAUUUUCUACUCCUUUUAUUGACAAAGAUGUGCAUUCUGAGCAUGGCCAAAUCAUCAUUGUGUGCAACAAGGGCUCAGUUACUGCAUUCUACUGUGUCCUGGGAUACCAUGGCUCCCUUGCAUUAGGGAGCUUCAUUGUUGCUUUCUUGGCUAGGAAUCUCCCUGACACAUUCAAUGAAGCCAAGUUGCUUACCUUCAGUAUGCUGUUGUUUUGUAGUGUCUGGAUAACAUUCCUUUCUGUCUACCACAGCACCAAGGACAAGAUAAUGGUGGCUGUGGAGGUCUUGUCCAUCCUGGCUUCCAGUGCAGGCCUACUGGGAUGCAUUUUUAUCCCCAAGUGCUACAUAAUUUUGUUAAGACCAGAGAAAAAUUCUCUUCAAAAGUUCAGGAGAAAACAUCUUCCUGAACACACAUUUCAUAAAUUGUAA